AUUCCUGACAUCCAGAGGCUGUGUGUCAUCUCCCUUUCAUUUGUCGUCGGUCCUCAUUUUCCGUGAUUCUGAUUCCCUGUGUUCAUCGGCUUUGUUCUUACCGAUGCAUACAGUCCCCCAGAUGCACAAUGGACUCCCAAGUCUUGUUGUUUUUGUAUUUAUAUUAUCUCACCCACUGUCCCUAUUUCGCUUUACUAAAUUUCACGUUCCCAACUGCAUCACCAGUCCCUGGCAGUUGGGCGUGAGCUGCACCCACGGUUGGCCGGGUCCAGCUUCGGACCCAAACGACAUCCGUAUUUGCAUCCAGACCUCGUUCCUUUCUCCAUUCCUGAGCUCCCAAAUUGGUUUUCCAAGAUUCGUGACCAAACAUGCCCAGCGGUCAUCGACUCAUCUUGACACUCGAUGAAUGACCGGGUUGACACGUGACCGUGUUAUUGAUUUCCUCUCGACAUCACCACUUCAUGGACUCGGAGCAUCCAGCCGAUUACACUUGGACACCACCUCAGUACAAUCUUCUGAAAGCUCCUGAAGCAUCUGGUGUAUGGGAAGUUGACUCUUCCGGAACACUCAAAGGCAAUUUUCCCCGCAGCGCUCGGUGGUGCGCUGACGGGACAGCUGCUCUCGUGCAAUGUGAUCACCGGGAGUUCCGCAUCUUGAACCCAUCGGCGCCUGCUGCACAAGCGAAAGACUCCAUUACCUCCCGUGACUUCGUCAACACUUUCCGGCAGCCUGAUGCAAUUGUGGACUACGCAUGGUAUCCGAUGUCGAGCAUGUCCAGUCCUGCGGCAUUCUGUUUCGCGGCUUCGGUGAGGGAGACGCCUGUCAAAUUGCUCGACGCCUCGGAUGGGCGACUCCGAGCGUCGUAUCGCAUCGUGGACCACCGCGAGCGUCAAAUCGCACCGCACUCACUCGCAUUCAACCCGACUGCCACCAAGCUGUACUGCGGCUUCGAGGAUGCCAUAGAGGUGUUCGACGUGUCUCGACCUGGUGAGGGGACCCGAUUACAUACUGUGCCCAAGAAAAGCAGCCGCGAUGGCCUCAAAGGUCGGGGGAUAGUUUCCUCACUGGCAUUUUCACCAUCGUACGAAUCCGGAUUCUACGCUGCGGGCACUCUGUCCUCGACUCUCGGAAACAUCGCGGUGUAUUCGGAGGAGCAAGGCGAUGUCCCUGUCCUGUUUGUCGAAGGGGGGCCCAAAGCCGCGGUGACUCAGCUCCAAUUCAAUCCGAUGCACCCGCAUAUCUUGUACGCGGCGUUUCGGCGCUACCCGGGAGUGUGGAGCUGGGACUUGCGCGCGAAUGCCAGCGUUCCUGUGCAGAUAUACUGUCCCCCCGAACAAAAGCAGGAUACAAACCAAAAACGACGGUUCGAUAUUGAUGUCGCUGGCCGAUAUCUCAGCCACGGAGACCAGGAGGGAAACAUCUCGAUCCACGAUCUAUCUCAGCCUGACGGCCUCUCGCUCGUUCUGAGAUACCCCGCUCACAAAGGUGGUUGUUCAUCCCAAAGGCCUGCUCCCAAAGCUAAUGGCCGCAUCUCAGACGCUAUCGGCGCCGUAGCUUUCCACCCCGCCGAGCCCUCUUUGCUUUCGGUCUCCGGGUCUCGGCAUUUCGCUGACCCAGAUGUGGUCAGUCUCGAUUCAGAUUCGGGUUCGGAUUCGUCGGAUGAAGACAAGUCGAGCCCUAUCAUCCGGCGUGCCACUGCCCCGGCAGUGCCGUUGCCCAAAGACAAGAGUGUCAAACUCUGGAAUUUGGGAGGGUGA